UGCCCUACAUUCUUGCUGCUGCACACAUUCGACUACGUCCUAUGAUGACUAUAAUGACUUCAACAAAAAGUUCUAGAUGGGAACUGUAUCAUCAGCCAAUCAAUAGCUUAUCAAUUGACUCAUCCAUACCCACUGUCAUGUCCAUCUCGUUAUCUGAGCACACCCCGCUGCGGGGGACGCCUUUCGACACGGCCAUCGAACACUUCUAUAUCAACCUCCAUGAACCCAGAGGAGAAUCUAAUCUGCUCUUGACAACUGACUACCCUAUUGACACGUCAAAAUGUCAACCGUAAUCAUCGGCGGCGGCAUAAUCGGCGCCUCAAUAGCCCACUACCUCAGCAUCAACGCCUCCCAAGACCACGAAAUCCACAUCAUCGAAUCAUCGAAUCAUCUCUUCAGCGGCGCAUCCGGCUACGCCGCUGGAUUCAUUGCCAAGGACUGGUUUGCGCCUGCUCUUGCGCCCCUGGGGAAAUUCUCGUAUGAGUUGCAUAAACGGUUGGCAGCGGAGUAUGAUGGGAAUCGGAGAUGGGGGUUUAUGCCGGGGACGGCGUUGAGUCUGGAUGUUAAUUCUCCUGAUGGGACGACCGGGUAUGACUGGUUACUUGAUGGGAGUAGUCGUGCUUUGGCUGCGAGUGGAGAAGCGUCUAAGGAGUUGGAGGUUCCGGAGUGGUUGACCAAGCAAAAGGGAGCGCGUGUUGAGGUGAUUAGUGGUGAGGAUACUGUUGCUCAAGUUGAUCCCCUACGACUUUGUCACUUCCUACACGAAACGACCGUCUCCCACGGUGUCAAAUGGCAUUAUCCUGCUCAAGUUGUCUCUGUGACCACCGAUCCCACGACCAACCUCAUCAGCAGCGUCACACUUGGUUUACAAAAACCUUCUGCAUCACCAGAAGAUCGACCGCUUAUCUCUUCGUUGGCUGGGUACUCGUUGUUAGUGCGAUCACCACGUCAUACAUUACUGCAUGAACAUGAUCAAUACAAGGGCAAAGCCCACGCCGUCUUCACAACCUUACCCGAAGAACACGGCGGUUUUAGUCCAGAGAUUUGCUCCCGCGAAGGCGCAGAGAUUUACAUCGCGGGAUUAAAUAGCAGCGAAAUCCCCUUACCCGCAAGAGCAGAAGGCUCAAAAGCGAUCAUGGACGAAAAACAAAUGGCCCUCUUACGAAAAGUUGCCGUUCAAUUCUUGGGUAAACUCGCAUCAUCAGAGGAAAGCAUUGAAAACGAAGAUGAUUUGGAAAUCAUUCGUGAGGGACUGUGUUUUCGUCCCGUCUCGAAUACGGGAUUACCGAUUGUUUCGCGUGUAAGAGAUGAGUUGCUUGGCGAUCAGAUCAGUGUUAGGUCUGAUCAUACGGCGGUUGGGAGGGAGAUAGGAGGUGUGUUCAUUGCGACGGGACAUGGUCCUUGGGGGAUUUCGCAGUCGUUGGGCACGGGGAAAGUGAUUGCUGAUAUGGUGGAUGGUAUUGAGCCCGAAGUUGAUAUUCGUAUUGAAAUGGCGAAUUCAAUGUACGAAGGCAACUACAAUGACAGCAACCGCGCAUUCCUGCAAGCCUUCAUGGCUCGAUCAACCAUGACCUUUGAAGAAGCCAAGCCAGUCCUAGCUGCUAUCUUCUCUGCUCAAGAAAACCGUCAAAUCCUCGCCGAAGACAUCACCCAAGCCGAUCUCAACUCCUACAUAUCCGCCGCCAACAGCGCAAUAUCACCUUUUGACUUGGAAAUUCGAAGCGCCAAACCUCAAAUCGCUCUAGACAAUAACUCCACUAAUAAUAAUAAUAAUAAUGGAAGUACGAUACAGCUCGUCUACGCCCUCGUAAACACAACCAGCGACCCUCUCACACAACUAGCCACAAGCUACACAGUCGACGAAAUCGCAUUCGUGAAACGGUUACUCGACGCGAUGUUCGAGACGUAUAAUACCCGUCGAAGCGAAGCGAUGGUGUUGUCGAGUAUACAAGCUUUACAAUUAGCCAAAGUUUCUUCGUCUUCUUCGUCUUCUACGUCUGCAGAGAAUGCAACGAAUCAAGACGGCGCUGCACAGUCACUCACAAUGCCCCAGGCAGAAACAAUGUUGGCACGAUUAGUUGAAGAAGGAUGGUUCCAGAAAAGCGCCAAGGGAUUUUAUAGCCUUAGUCCCCGGGGAUUGAUGGAGUUGCGUGGUUGGCUGGUAGAUACGUAUAAUGAUGAUGAGGAGGAAGGGAAUAGAGGGAAAAGGAUAAAGUUUUGUGCGGCUUGUAGGGAUAUUAUCACCGUUGGUCAACGAUGCGCCAAUCGCGAUUGUAUGGGUCGAUUACAUGAUACCUGUAUCCGGAAUUUCUUUCGAAUGCAGCAGUCUGAGCGUUGUCCGGUGUGUAAAGCGGAGUGGCCGGGGAAUAGGUAUGUUGGUGAGAGGGCAAUAACGACUACAGAGCAGUAUAUGCAGGGGAGAAGACGGAGUCAGAAUACUGCUGCUGCUAGGCAGUCGGUGAUUAAUAGUCAGAUCAAUGGGGAUGAAGAGGAGGAGGAGGAGGAUGAGAGUUGAGUUUGGUCGAAAGUGUGUUGUUGCUGUGUAUGGUGAGAUUGGGAUGGUAUGCUUCCUCCUUUAAUAGAUGAGUUUUAUGUUGCUUGCAGUACAUAUAUGUAUCAUAGCAUUUUCACUUGGGAGCUCUUUGGUGCCCAGCCUUCGACAUAAGCGAGAAGUAGCAAUCCUGGAGUGGCCGGAGACCUUAUAGAGCUGCCCGAUACCGCCAUGGAGCGGUGUUUAUCCUGAAGGUUCUCAAGGAAGUCGCCGAGAUGUUCGGGAUGACUUUUGACCUCGUCUUUCCAUUCCAUAUAUUAGUCCUCUUCAACGGCCGUACUAUAGGGGAAGCCCGGGAGUACAUUU